AUCCAGCCCAACGACGGGGCGGUGUAUUUCAAGGUGGACGGGCAGCGCUUCGGCCAGAACCGCACCAUCAAGCUGCUGACCGGAGCCAAGUACAAGAUCGAGGUGGCCCUCCGGCCCGGCACCGUCCAGGCCACAACAAUGGGCAUCGGGGGCGUCAAUGUCCCACUGGAAGAGAAAUCAAGGGAUGCACAGGUGGCCUCUUACACAGGGAUCUACGACACAGAAGGGGUGCCCCAUACCAAGAGUGGGGAGAGACAGCCCAUCCAGGUCAACAUGCAGUUUAACGACAUUGGCGUUUUUGAAACAGUCUGGCAAGUCAAAUUCUACAACUACCACAAACGGGAUCAUUGCCAAUGGGGAAACAGUUUUGGCAGUAUUGAGUACGAAUGCAAACCAAAUGAAACACGCAGUCUUAUGUGGAUCAAUAAAGAGACCUUCCACUGAAGAGAUGUGAAACCAAUACUGCUGGACAAUCUCCCUAAAGAAAAAUCUACCUUUUUAAACCAGCGAGAAGCCUUAACAAAGGCAUACUGUAAUGUUGCUGUGUUCCAUAUUGUCCCAACUACUACGUUGUAUAUACUGGUGGUGCCACUAAAAUCUUUGCCUAUUACUGUAUUUUAAGUUUACCAUGGCAUCUACAACAUUCUUUAUCUGUCACCCUGAGAACACUGAAAAGUUCAUAGUGAAGAAUAUUUGAUAGCUGGGUAGAAAGUCAUACCAUCAUAAUAGUCAUAAGUAUUUGGAUUAUUCCCAUUGAACGGUUCCACUAGAUGUAACAACUUUUGUGAAGUGUUUUGCUUUAUUGCUUAGAAUUUGGAUGCAACAUCACAUCGGUGAUUUCUGUAUUUAUAUUUGUGUUUGCUCCUCAAUCGGUGUGCUCCUUCAGGCAUUUUGUCGUACAUGUCAUCCCAGUGGACAGCAAAAAGUGCAAAUUAUGGAUAUUUGUAGGUUUAGCUAAGUGGCAGCUACUGCACUGUUGAUAUUGUCCUUUCAUACCAGGAGAUAUGGAAACUCAUUCUCCCUUUCAUUAAGUGCUGUAAGAUAUUCUGUGAAAUUUGCUAA